AUGUCAAGCAUCCACAAACUCAAAAAAGCUCUCCCCUGGGCCCAAACCCCAAUAAUCAUCAAUGCACCGAUGAGCGGCGCCGCAACCAGCAACCUGGCAGUCGCCCGCUCCCUCGCACAGCAGUUCGAACAAGCCAGACACCAACUACACGACCUCAUGAGCUCACGAAAAGAUACCCCGAAGCCUGUGCUCCCUGUCGGCGUCGGAAUGAUAGUCUUUGGCUCCCCAGCCGUGCAUUGGCUCUCGCUGUUUUCCGAGUAUAGACCGGCUGUAGCUUGGUUAUCGUUCAGGACGACAGAUGAGUUCAGGGCCUGGGCGGAGGGGAUUCGAAAGGCUUCACAGUAUACCCAAGUCUGGAUCCAGGUGGGCAGUGUUAGUGCUGCGCUGGAAGCGACACAGGCUUGUUAUCCGGACGCCCUGGUUCUGCAGGGGAGUGAUGCUGGUGGGCAUGGACAUGCGUAUGGGGCGAGUGUCGUCUCACUGAUUGUCGCUGGUGGUAUCAUGGAUGGGAGGGGUGUUGCUGCUGCAACAAUGCUCGGCGCUGCAGGGGUGGUGAUGGGGACGCGGUUUCUUGCCGCCGAGGAAACUGAUUUGCCUUCUGAGUUUCGCAAAGCGGUUUUCAAGGCUACAGAUGGUGGACAGUCUACUUUUCCCUGGCCGGAAGUGUAUGGUAGACGGUGUCUCAGGAAUACUAGCUACGAGUAUAUCAAGAGAGGGGUGAGCAUGGAUAGCAUGCGGAGACGGUUAUAUCAGGAUCUUCAUGGGGCCUGGGGUCAGCGGCUUGAAUUUAAGGAGACUGUCACUGUUUGGGCGGGUACGGGCGUAGGUACGGCAAACAACCUAGGCCGUCCAUGGGCAGGCUAUAUCCUGACUCUAAGCAUUGGAAGUGGUCUGUCUUAA